AUGCUGAACAUUGGCCUCUCAAAGCAUGCUUUCAAUAGUCUUAGCAAGGCUCGCGAGCUUUCAGUUCACAUCACCCCCGAUAUGCUCGAGUCUCAAACAGAUCUCGGGACCCUGAAAGCGCUCAUAGAGUAUCAGCCCGGCGUCGAAGUAACGGAGGGUCUCGUGAUUAAAAUAUUGUCAAUGAACUCGCCUUACAGAAGGUGGGGUCAACCGGAAGAGAAUACUGAGCUUCUCUUGUCAAUCUGGCCUCGAAACUCGUCACUUCUGGUCACUGACGGCAUGCUGAAAGCAACCACAUCGUUGCUCCAGCUUAAGUUCUUACUUGAGCGCCUUGGUCCAGCUCACGGAAAGUUGCAAGAUAUCGCGAUAUGGAUUUGCGAAAAGGGGACUGAAUAUUCCGGCAAUCAGGCGGAUAUUUUGGCACUUGUUUUGCAGUCUGACUCAGAUAUUAAGCUCUCACCAAGCCACGUUAAAAAGAUCAUGCUUGGUGCCAAACCUUUGAUGUUAGAUAUAGUCUUGACGCAUACGUCAUCCCUCUCAAUCACAGAGAAAUUGUUUCUCAGUAUCUUCAGAGAGUAUCCACGAGCUCGAGAGGAGACGCGGAAGGAGUUCGUGGGAGUACUCAUUAGGCACAAGAAGAAGGUUGUCUUCACUGAGAAGAUUCGCGAUGCUAUCGAUAGGGCGUAUCAAGAGCAUUCUGACAUUGAAAAGAGAGGAGAAUGGUACACUUUGAGGGAAAGGGAUGAGACUCAGGAGGAAGCUAAGGCCACGCGGUCAGAGAAUGAUGGGAACAAGAACGACGAUCAAACUUCCCUUACAAGACAGGACCGGUCAGGACGUCGGAGAAUGGCAAGCAUUGCCGGGGCUGAGAUUGUAUGGGACUUUUCGUAG